UUAUUAAUUAUUCCAAUAAUACCAAAACCGAAUGUUUAUUCGAUUUCCGGGUCUCUCUGUUCACCCAUCGGCGUUGAAACUCGAGUUGACUCUUUGACUCACGAGUUAACAACACCGAGACCGAUGAAGCGCAAGAAACGAUCCCGCUUGGAGAAAGUGAUAAGUUCAUCGGGAGAGCAAGAAAAUGGUACGAGUCCUAAGGUGAAAAAGUACUGGAUCCAACGUUACGAUCUCUUCUCGAGGUAUGACGAAGGCAUCGAGAUGGAUGAGGAAGGAUGGUUCUCUGUGACUCCCGAAGAAAUCGCAAUCAAACAAGCAGAGAGAUGUCGUGGCAAAGUGGUGAUUGACUGCUUCUCAGGCGUUGGUGGUAACACUAUCCAAUUCGCUAAAGUAUGUUCUUCUGUAAUUGCUAUCGACAUUGAUCCGGUAAAAGUAGAACUGGCAAUGAACAACGCAAAGGUUUAUGGAGUUGCUGAUCGUGUGGAUUUUGUCGUUGGUGAUUUCAUCCAAUUAGCUCCAUCACUCAAAGGAGAUGUAUUGUUUCUAUCGCCACCAUGGGGAGGACCAAUGUAUAACAAAGUCGAGAGCUACACAAUGGAUAUGCUGCAACCGAGAGACGGGUACACAUUGUUUCAGAUUGCUCAGUCGAUUACGCCUAACAUCAUAAUGUUUCUACCGCGAAAUGUUGAUUUAGCACAACUCGAAGAACUCGCUUGGCUCUCCUCGCCUCCCCUAACUCUUGAGAUAGAAGAAAACUGUGUUGGAGGCAAACUUAAAGCCAUUACGGCUUAUUUUUGUUGCAGUUGAAAAAUUUGCAAGUAUAUCAUUACAUCAAAGGAACUAUUUAUUUAUCUUUCUGCAUUAGGCAAUAGAGAAAUUGACUUUGGUGUGUUCCUUUGUUUUUUGCUCUUAUAGUGUAUGAAAAUGUUAAUUUUAUGGUUCUUCGUCACUUUUUUUUUCUAUAACCCAAAAAUCUCAAAGCAAG